GGGGACCGUCUGCGGGCGGCGCUGGCUUCUCUGUUCUUCCCGGGCAGCGGCGACAGCCAGAGUGGUCCCCGAGGAGAUGGCAGAGCAGCACGGAGCACCGGAGCGGGCUGCCGCUGGCAAGAGCCAUGGAGGCCUUGGGGGCAGCUACAAGGUGACCGUGUAUGAAAUGGAGAACUUCCAGGGCAAGCGCUGCGAGCUCUCAACCGAGUGCCCCAGCCUGACCGACAGCCUGCUGGAGAAGGUGGGCUCCAUCCAAGUGGAGUCGGGGCCGUGGCUGGCCUUCGAGCGCAGGGCCUUCCGCGGGGAGCAGUAUGUCCUGGAGAAGGGGGACUACCCUCGCUGGGACGCCUGGUCCAACAGCCACCACAGUGACAGCCUCCUGUCCCUCCGGCCUCUGCACAUUGAUGGCCCGGAUCACAAGCUUCAUCUGUUUGAGAACCCGGCUUUCGGCGGCCGCAAGAUGGAGAUAGUGGACGAUGACGUGCCCAGCCUCUGGGCUCAUGGCUUCCAGGACCGGGUGGCCAGCGUCCGGGCCGUCAACGGGACGUGGGUUGGCUAUGAGUUCCCUGGCUACCGCGGGCGCCAGUACGUGUUCGAGCAGGGCGAGUACCGCCACUGGAACGAGUGGGACGCCAGCCAGCCGCAGCUGCAGUCCGUGCGCCGCAUCCGCGACCAGAAGUGGCACAAGCGGGGCGGCUUCCUCAGCAGCUGAAGGGCGCCGCCCCAGGGGCCUGGCUCGCUCUGCUCUGCGGGGCAGCAAGGGCAAGAAGGGGACGCCUCAGGGUCGGCUGCCCCCUUCCCCAGAAUCUGCGCAAUAAAGCCUGGGGCCGGUCCCCCACCUGCCA